AUGUCAUCCAGACUCCUAUCGCCCUUUUCCCUCACAACCGCAAGACCGUUAGCACGCAGCCUUCGUUUUCCACCACUGAGUCCCACAAGAAUUCAGAUCGCAGAAUACGUCCGCGUCGCAACUACGCAACGGAGCAAGCCAAAUCAACCCUUCGCAGUGCUAGCAGAACACUGGCACCCAACAGCCCACAAAACAAGCACGAAGACCUACGAUGUUGAUGUCUUACUCGCUGAAGACGAUGACGGUGCUGAUGUAUGCUGGAGGUUCCAGAUUGCGGAAGGAGAAGACGAGCUGGACAGAUUGUUAGCGUAUUCUCAGGCGUUUGGAAAACAUGGUUCUGGGGACGAGCAUUAUGAUGAAUACGUUCAUGCGUUUCAGGAAUACAUUAUGAAGCUUUGGGUGAAGAAGACGUGUAUGGAUAGAGGAUGGUACUCUAGUAGAGGGGACGACGGUGGGGAGAUAUGGUCAAAUGUAAAGCCGGGUGAAGAUGAGGAUGACGAUGAGGUAGGGUGUGAGGAUGUAGAUUAA